CUGUACAUCAUCACUUUAACGUUACUAAUAUUUAUCAGGCCUGCGCAAAUUAAAAAUUUGCAUAACCGGAAAAGGGGUUAUGCCAAAAGAUUUUGCAUAACCUAUUUUGGUUUGCAUAAUCUGGUUUUUUUCUUUAUAAUUUAAAAAUAUAUAUAUACUUAAUUUUGAGAAACAAGAGAGUGGCAAUGGUAAGUAAAAAGUAUAUGUAUACAAAUGUUUAAGAGAUUUAAAAAUAAUAAUAACUAUUGUAAUAAUUACCAAAACAUAGUGAAUGUCAGGCUUGACCUAUUAUAUAAAACACAUCAUCAUGUGUGCAUAACUACGUGCGAAUAAAUAAGAAUUCAUUGCAAGGCAAUUGCUUACCAUUAAUUUUAUAAUAUUAGUCUUUUAUGUGUUUAUAAUGUCAUGACAUUCAGUCGUGAGUGGGAGACUCGGUGCGAUCUUCCUCAUUUGAGGAACACUGGAUACUGAUACUGUCACUGUCAUUAUUACCGACACUGUCGUCAUCACCACUGUCACUAUCCGAUUCGGAAUUACAGUUAAUAAUAGGGUCACUGUGACUGAUUUACCCUGGUUGCUGAUCCAGUUCGAGAUUGUAAUGACCAUAACAAUAUCCCCAUUUUUGAUUGGUUAAAUUCGGCUAUAACGCCUUCUAACAACCAAUGGGAAUGCACCUACUUCGCAAGAUAUUUAUACAAACUUGACUGGUUACGUUACGCUCUACGAAAAAGUACUGCGCCGGGAACAAGUCUAAUGUUUGUACUCGCGAUAAAAAUAUGUUGGUACGUUGCCGGGAUUAAUCAUUCAGUAAAUUUUACACGAACGGUAAAUCGGUUAUGCCAAAUAAAAUGGCAUAACCGAUGCACGAAUGAAACAGUCGUUCGUGCAAUUUGUGCAGGCCUGUUUAUUAAUUUUAUAUUUAGUUACAAUUAGAACUUUUCAAAGCCAAGUCAUCAGUUUCUGAGUUGAAGGUGAAAGCUGAUCAACACUGUUCGCUUUGUGAUGGGCAAACUGCACGUAGAUGUACCUCCGUUUGUAUUGAAAAAGUUAAAUCUCUGUUUACGAAAGUCAAAGAAAUAUGGAAAAGAAUGACCAAGCGAAAAGAAGCUUUUCCUUUGUCAGAAUAUCCGCGACUUGUUCACGUAAAGGACAAAAAGGACAUCGAGGAAAUAUGUGCUCUUUGUGUAAGUCUGUGGCAAGAUCACUGUCGUCCCAAUAAAAGAAAUAUAUACAGGAUGUUUGUACAGACUAAAAGAUACUUCCUGCUGGUGUACGUGGAUGUCAAAGACCUUCAACUGAAGGUAGAAAAAACCCAACAAGACACACAGAAGUUGUCAACCCUUGUUAUGGAGGUGUGGGCGUUUAGUGGAAGAGCGUGGACGGAACUCGCCAAACAGCUGACUGACCUGCGUACCACAAUUGCAUUUAUACCAGAAGAGCAAAGUGAUGUUAAACAGUCAAAAACAGUUACCAAAAGGGUGAGCGACUUGGAGGAAGAACUACCUGAUCUAGAGCUUGCAGACAUAGAUUUACUUGAUAACGGGUAGUGCCUAAAGCUGUACUCGGGAGUGUCGAGCGAGAGCAGAAAGAGAAAUAUAUCGGAGAAAGUCAGGUUGUACUUGGCAAAGUGCUUCAUGCAAGAGGUGUGAUUAUUACAGCGUUGAGAUAACGUGGGGGUUCUCUCCCCUUUGUUUAAUCCUGGCGUAUGUUCAGUCAACUGCUUGUCGCUAACCUUCGCUAGACUAGGGUUUUUUAACGCUACACAGUAAACUCAGUUACCACUUCGGGAACCAAUCAAAUAGUUCGCGACCGUUAGCGAAACGUUUGCUGGCUGAACUUGAGGCUGCUAAGUCUCUGGAUUACAUUUAGCUCAAUCCGGGCCCCAGCUUAUAAAACUUUAGUCUAAUCUAAAUUCUCUAAUGAUGUCACAUGCUUAGAGUUUGUAUGGCGUGGUCAUGACAUGAAAGUCUUCCAAUAUAUUAGAGUCUAGACUAAACGUUGUAUAAGCACGGCCUGCUACUGUCAAUUACGAUAUGAUUGGGUUGUCGCAAGUUUUCGAGGCCCAAGAUACAUAUACAUGUGUAAUUGUAGGAUUAAUGAAAUAGGAAAAAACGUGUAUUAGCGAGAUUCCAACCAGCUAAAUCAACUUCAGGUGCAUCAGUUGGCUUCAGAUUAAAAGAUCACACUCUCCUGCAACACCCUGUUCCAAACGUAGGACAUGGGUAGUAUUGUAUCGAGCAACAGUGAAAAACACUGAUUGUCUCCCCUGAAUUAAAUAUUUAAAGGCUCGAGCUCGCCUUUAAAGAAAUAAAUUAAAGGCAGUAUAUUAUCUCUAACCAAAGGCAUUAAAGAAAAUAACAAACUGCUAUAUUUCUUCGGUCGACAGUUAGAAGAGACUGACAAUUCCAAUGGGAAAAAACCCACCACUAUUUUGAGAUACAUUAUAAAGUAUUAUCGCAUAACAAAGCAGAGAAAAAGGAAGGGCUACAAACAUUAAUGCAAUGUAGACAAUAGAAAAUAUGUUGUCUUUGAAAAACGUAUUUCUGAGUGGCGAUGUUUACUGCAGCCAUAAUUCUGAAUGACAGAAUUAUUGGCAUACCCACGAAUCCAUCUCUGCACACAAUGGUUUGUAAAGGUUGGAACUGUUCUCAUGGAUCACAAUCAAGUGCUUCGUUUAUAGGAGGACUGCCACUCAGGAAAAACUUAUUUCUGGGUGGCGAUGUUUACUGCAGGCAUAAUUCUGAAUGGCAGAAUUAUUGGCAUACCCACGAAUCCAUCUCUGCACACACUGGUUUGUAAAGACUGACUGUUCCCAUGGAUUACAAUAAAGUGCUUCGUUUAUAGGAGGACUGCCACUUCUCAGGAGGCUAUAGCUUUCCUUCUUUGUAGGAGGACUAGUUUAACAAAUGACGACCUACACAAUAAGCAAUAAACAAUAAUACUUUAUGACAUCAUGCACUCACUGACUCACUGUCAGGGCAGUGAUGAUGUCAGAUGUUUACGAAAGGAGAGUAUAUUUUGCUCUACCGGCGGCACCAGCCAUCAGCACAGUUUAUAGAAGUCAAAUCCUUUGGCUUCAUUCAAAUGACGGACCUUAUUUAUAAGACAUUCACUAAAUAGUGUGCAGUCAUUUUAGUCAGUGAAACAUCAUAUCAGAAAAGAAAGGAAUAUUUAUUUAACGAAACCUGGGCGUAUUUUAAACUAUGACUAUUUGAUGUCUGGCAUAUGGCUGUAUUGAUGCUUAGUCGACAGAUAAGUAGAUUGGAAACCCGCUGCUAUCACGCAGGCUACUCGUACUGAAUAGCAGCCAGGGAUCUCUUAUAUGGACGUCCCCAUAGGAUAGUACAUACCAUGGCCAUUGAUGUACCAUUCUUAAAGUCACAUGUUUUAACGAGAAACAACCAUAGUCCAUCAAUGGCGAUCUAUCCUUCGUCUUAUCAUACUUCACUAUCAUUAAGCCAAUUAAUGUCUACUGUAAAACCUUUGAAAUGCUUCAGUACAGGAGUUCUUAAAUAUCAUAACCCCGAUGGGAAGGUGUAAAGACAAGAACAAAACAACAACAACAAAAACAAAACCCACGUCUGUGUCUGGAAAAUGAAAUGACUUUCUUUGAAAUUGGUAUAUAAUGAGCAUGCUGUAAGAUAUUUCGAAAGCUGUAAUAAUUAUGUAGAUAUAUAUUUUGAAAUGGUGCAGAGCUAAUAGGAAAAGUACUUACAAGAAAUACUACUCGGAUCGAGGUCUGGGGCCUAAUUUACUAAACUCUCGCAACUUUGCGAUCACGCAGUGCAAUGCUAAAAGACUUGCAAAGAGGAUGCUUUAUUGUCUAGUAGAGCCUAAGAGACCUUUGUGAAUUAGGCUCCUGGUUUAUACCUCGUACCACCAGGCUAGCUAAAUGCUGAAUAGUAUAAUGUUACAACACAAGAAUAAGUGAUCUAUUCUGCGUGUCUAACAGUCCAGAAUGCUUGGAGGCAUGGUUAUGCAAAACCAGAUUGCAAAGAAAUGAAUACGCUCCCAACCCUAAUCAAGACAUGAAAAAGUGUUAACAUAACAAAAGGGGUUUUACGUGCUCCAUUUUCUUUUCUGAAAGGUACCCUUCUUGAAAAACAGUAAAUAAGUCAAACAAUUUUUACCCCAAGUGUUUUACUGUCACCCAAACAACCUGUGAGUUAAAGGGAUGGUGAACUUGCAACCUGCAAUGCUCUAACCACAUCUAUAACCUACUUUUUAUAACCGCUCUUGAAUGUUUUGUUUUUACUUUUUGAAAAAGUAAGAUAUAAUUUAAUACUGGCCCUCAACAUCUUGUGACUAGUACGUAAUGCCAGGCAGAUGGGUUGUCAAUCUCCAUCUCCUUCUCAAAGGAAGAACAGUGUUUCAGUGUUUUAAAGACCAGUGUUUUUAAAGACAAUUAGUUGUUUGUUGACGCAGUAAAUGAACGUACUACUAAAGUGACAUACAUCAGCGUCGAAAGAUGACAGCAACUGGUGGGUAGGGGAGGAGCAGCAGUGCCCCUCCCUUCCACUCCCGACGCUGACAACAUGAAGUCUAUAAAAGAGUAUCCUUCGUUUGACAGAUAAGGAAACAGUGACAUUAAAACGCCAAUUUACAGGCAUGAAUAAUGGAGGGAGGGAUGGAGGAGAACUGACAGUGAACUAAUUACACGUGAAUUGUUACUUUGGUUUAUUGAUGUAUCUGAACUUAAAUAGUUUUGUUAACAUUAUUUGGUGUAUGGUAAUGCCUGCAUAUACUUUGAACUUGAUACAUCAUCAUCAUCAUCAUCAUCGUUAGAAUACUGACUUUUUGAUAAAGAAUAAAUUGUCGUUAAUUACUAUUUGUGUAUACUAUAAUAACGACAAAAUUGUUAUUGCCAUCAAAAUCGUGUCUCUGCAAUAAUUAAUUUGUAAUAAUUUGUAAUAAUAUAUUUAAUUGUUUUGUUGGUACCAAAGAAAUAGAUUUUAAAUACACACACACACACACACACACACACACACACACACACACACACACACACACACACACACACACACACACACACACAAACAGAUACAGAUAUAUAUAUAUAUACAUGUUAGCUGUUUGAAAUCUUUAAACAUCUUAAUUUUUUUUUAAAUCAUCAGCACUAUCAUUACCAGCUUCAUAAGUUGCUGAUUAUCAUACCAUAACUACUAGUGUGGCCUGUUUGAUUGAAAUUUAUUACAUACAUAGUCAUGAAUUAUA